UUCAGUUUUUCUUCAUAUUCCUCGUUCUUUUCCCAUUUUUUCUUCUCUCCUUUCCCUAAUCCGUCUUUUUAUUAAAUUCUCUUUUUUUAUUUAUUUUGUCAUUUCUUUUUCUUCAUUUUCUUUUCAUUACUUUCUAUCUUCCUCUUCAUUCAUUUCUGUCCCGCCUUGCCUGGUCAGUCUCUCUCUCUCUCUCUCUCUCUCUCUCUCUCUCUCUCUCUCUCGCUCUCUCUCUCUCUCUCUCUCUCUCUCUCUCUCCAGAGACAUGGGGGUUACUGAGGUGUUCUGGGGUCUAGCUACGUUGACAGCAGUUUGGGUGUGUUGGGGGGACGGAAAAGGUGUGGGGCGCCUCUCCCCCUGGUCUCCUCCCCCCACCAGCCCCCCAUCAGCAGCACCAUCCCUUCAGCAGGGGCCGCGGCCAGCAGGUGGUGAGAGUGAAGAGAAAGGCCGCAGACUCCACGCAGCUGUGGCCGGAUGCUGUGGUGCCCUACGCCUUCCUCUCCCCCGAGCCGCAGCGGGAGGUGGUGCUGGCGGGGCUGAAGCACUGGGAGGAGAGGACCUGUCUACGUUUCCUGCCUGCUAAGAACAAGGAGCUUCCUCACCUGCAGUUUAGGAAGCUCUCCGGGUGUCGUAGCGGCGUGGGCAUCGAGGGCGCCGCUGGUCAGAAUAUUUCCAUUGGUGAUAAUUGCAAUAAGGUGGGCAUUGUGGUGCACGAGGUGGGUCACGCGGUGGGGCUGUACCACGAGAUCAGGCGGCCGGACCGAGACACACACGUGGUUGUCAACGAGGCCAACAUUCUUCCCCACGAGAUGUAUAACUUCUACAAGCUGCACUGGCUGGACGUCACGGUGGAGUACGACCCUGUCUUCCCGUCAUGCACUACCACACCUUAGAGUGGUCAGCUAACGGACGCACCACAGUGGCCACGAAGGAUCCAAUGCUGCAAGGAGUGUUAGGGGGCUGGAAAAGGGCGUCUACUCUCGGCCUCUCCCACCGCGACGCCUUCCUGGCUAACCAUAUCUACGGGUGUUUGAACGAGUGGCUAGCGAAGUGCGGUCUGAAGAGGAACCCGUGUAGGAAUGACGGGUACCUGGGCUCCUCCUGCACCUGCGUGUGUCCCCCCGGCACUGAGGGACGCACCUGUGGCACCGUACGAGGCGGUUACUACAAGCACCUGAAGUCACCGUGCAGCCAGCAGGUGACCCACCCCACCACCCUCACCUCCCCAAACUACCCCGCCAAAUACGACCCAGAUACGUGGUGCGUGUACCGCGUGGAGGCCCCGCAGUGCCAGGCCCCCGAGGUGACCGUCCUGGACCUGCAGCUUGGCCCACGAGACCAUCGCAAUCACUGCUACACUGACUACCUCGAAGUGCGCAAUGCCUCCCUCUAUGACGGCUUCCUAGUGUGCGGGUCAGAGGUCACCCCGGGCACAGUUUGGCGAGCACAGAGUAGCACACUUAUCCUGUAUUUUAGAGGAGAGACAGGUGGUUUUCGUGGUUUCCGUGCCUCUGUCGCCUUCACAUCCAUCCCCGGGUGUUGCCGCUCCCACUCCAACAUCUCCUCCACCUUCUACCUCCACUCCCCCGGCUACCCUGCGCCUGCCACCGAGCCCUUCAGUUGCUCCUUCUCCCUGCCUGCUGAGUCCCCAGCGAAGGUUGUGGUGACAAUCAAGCUUGUGUGGGGCAAGGGGGGGCGCCGCGCCGCCGCCCCCCAACCCGCCUGUGCCCUCACCCUGUGCCAACCCCACGGCCACUGCCACAGCUUUUGCCGGAUGGUGGAGGCGUCACGGCGGAGGAGGAGAAGGAGGAGGAAGAGGAGGAAAAGGAGGGAAGAGGAGGAAGAAGAAGACGGGGAAGACGAGGAGGAAGAAGACGGGGAAGACGUGGAGGGGAAGGUGGUUCUCCCUAACGUGGGCUCCCUGCACCUCCUCCAGCAUCCCCCGGCCCCCCUGUCCCUCCACCUGGAAGGAAGUGGAGCGGCUCUGCAGGUGGCCUUCACCCUGCAGCACUCCCCCUGCCAUGAGAGUCUGUUUGUGAACCGCUCUGACCCCCGGGGCUGGGUGGCCGUGGGUGCGGGCGCGGGAGAGGUGAUGCAGUGUGAAUGGCUUAUUACGGCACCGCGAGGAACGCACGUGAAGGUGACUGUGGAACGGUUAAACUUACCAGACGAAGAAAACGAAGAACACGAAGAAAACGGAGGAGAAACAAGGGGAUACAAUAACACGGCCGAGGGAGACGAGAGGCAAAAAAACAAUAUUCAAACUGAUGAAAAAGAAGAAACAUUUGAACAAGAAGGAAAAGGAAGAGGAAGAGGGAAACACAAGAGCACACUCGAAUCUUACCUGUGUGUCAACGAGGCAGGUGAUGCAAGUUUCCCAUCGGCCUCCACGAGAGUUCUGCAAGGCGGGGGGAGGAGAACAGUGCCUCUUGUGUUUGUCUCCCUGCAACACUCCCUCAGAAUUGCGUUCCAGGGCGCAGCCAACACCAGCCUUCGCCUCAGAUACCAGUUGUAUGAGUGUGAGGACGACAACUCCGAGUGCCAGUACUGGGCCGCGGAGGGGGAGUGUGUCGCCAACCCUCGGUGGAUGGCGCCACACUGCAGGAGAGCGUGUCAGCAGUGUGACUUCAGCACCACUUGUGAGGAUCAGCACUCGAAUUGCGCCUUCUGGUCCACCCAUAACCAGUGCGAGGAGAAUAAAUUGUGGAUGGCCGUUCAUUGCAGCCGUUCAUGUGGAUAUUGCGACGUGUGCGGUGACAGCAAUCGGCGGUGCGGGAGGUGGGCGCGGGAGGGGGAGUGUGAGGCGAACGGAGAAUAUAUGAGGGUGUUCUGUCCUCUCUCCUGCGGCGUCUGUGAACCGACAAACACCACUACCACCACCACCACUACUCCAGCCCCUCCUACCACCACCACCACAACCACCACUAUCAUUCCAAGACCAAGCACAAGAAGAAGAGGAGGAGGCAAGAAGAGAGUCAGUCAAGUGUACGAGGACAAUGAGACAACAGGAGGCAUUUCAAGACACCCCAAAAUUAGGAAAAACGGAAAAAGGCUUAAAAAUCCACGUUUGUUUAAGCCAGGACGGACUAAAACGAGGAAAACGGGGCGCAGGGUGACAGAAAACUCUUUGCUUGUCACCCACACGUCGCCUCGUGGUCAGGAAAAUGAGAAUAGAGGGUUAAAAUCUAAGGAAAGUAAAGAUAAUAAGGGAGACUCAAAUAUUUUGGUCCCUCGAAAGAAAACGGAGACCUCAAGACGCGAAGAGAAUGAAGAGGAUGAGGAAGAGAGGAAAAAUGAAGAAGCAGAGGAAGCAGUCAAAGAGAAUCAUGAGGAGAAGGAGAAUGAGGGGAAAGAAGGAGAAGAGGAAGAGAAGAGUAACGAAGAGAUGAAGAUAGAGGAGGAAGACAUAAGAAACAGGGAAGAGAAAGAGAACGAUCAAAACAAAGAGCUUAAAGAAAUAAAAGGGGAAGAGGAGGAGGAGGAGGAGGAGACCAAAGAAAGACAAGAGAUCGAGAAAGAAAUAAACAGAGAAGAAAAGGAAGAGGAUAAUAAAAACGAAGAAGAAAUGAGAGAAGCUGAAGACACUUCCGUACAUUCCUCAACUCAACUAUCGUACUCGGACCAAAACUCUUUAACUUCUGGAAAUGAAGAUAUACAUUUGGUAGUAUUAAAGAAAGACGGUAAAUAUCUGAAAAACCUCUUUAGAAACCAACAGAAAGGGAAUGAGGGAACGAGAGAAGGAGUUGAAGAGAAUGAAGUUACGGAGAGAAAAGCAACAACAGAGAGAACAAGAGAAAACGGAAUAAUAGCGGGGAAGAGAGAGAACGAAAUUUUAAGGGGUAACGGAGAAGGAAGUGAAGGAAUUGAGGAAAGCGGAAUAAAUCUUAGAGAAAGGAAAGAAAUGCAAAUAACAGAAGAGAAGGAAGGAAGGAAGAGAAGGAAGAUAAACAAUUGGAGGAGGCGCAGACGUAGGAAUAGGAGGAAAAACCAAAGAAGGAAGGGAAGAGAGUGGAGAGAUGGAGGAAACGACCCGCAGACCAGGAGGAGGAAGGAGGGAAAAUAUCAAGGAGGAGGAAGACGUGGCGAAGGAAGGAGGUGGAGGAAAAGUAGAAGAGGAAAGAAAGGGAGGAAAACUGGCGAUAGGAGAAGAGAAGAUGAAAGAGAUUUUUACGUCACAGCCUCGCCCGCCACCACCACCACCACCACCACUACCACCACCAUAUCUACCUCAAUCCUCACUCUCCCCCCACCUGCAUCCACUCACUCCACUCCCAUCCCUUCCCAAAUCAUCUCCACUUCACCCAAACUCGGCACAAGAACCCAUCACAAACAUUCUCACAGGCGCUACAGGAACCGCUUUCACCGCCACCACAGGGACAGACAUGGCAAGACACCAAGCCCUAAGGGACGCCGAGGACCUAAACCCCACUCUGGAACCCCAAAAACCCCACCUGGAAACGUAGAAACACAGCAGGAGGCGAAUGAAAUAAGGGAAGCAGGAAAAAACACAUCCGAGACAUCACAGAAAACGGAGAUGCCUGACUGGGUGACUGUAGGAUUCUCUCGCAAUGACGUUCAAGAAAGCGAGGGAGUUUUUCAAGUAACCCCGCGGAGUAGGAGUGAUUUGGGGAGGAGUGGAAGUGAGCGAGGACGUGGAGUGAACGAGUGGAGGAGGAGUGAGCGAGGCCACGACGGAGAGAAGAGGAGAGACGAAAAAGGACAGCUGGGUAAUGGAACAGAGAGAAGAACAGCUGAGGACAUAAGACAGAAUGUGGAGAGAAGCUACGCGGAAUGGGGGAUUGGCCCUACCAGACCCGUACACCGCCCCCGCCUCUCCCCCAGCUGGAGGUUCCGUAAGGGGUUCUACAGAAGAGGAAAACACGUGUACGAAGACGACCAUCCCUGACAAAGUCCUACCCCCAUCUAGUACGACCAUCCAGCUAGUACGACCACUUUCUCAGUUUUAGAUAAGUUUUUUUAUUUUAUCUUUUAUUCCAGUUUAUUUUUUUUAUUGUUUUUGAGAGAGAGAGAGAGAGAGAGAGAGAGAGAGAGAGAGAGAGAGAGAGAGAGAGAGAGAGAGAGAGAGAGAGAGAGAGAGAGAGAGAGAGAGAGAUUGUUCUACUUAAGUCAGGAAAAAGCAGCAAGGGAGUUUGAUGGUCUCUUUAAAGUAAAUGGAGGAAGAAGAGGAGGUGGAAGAGGAGGAGGAGGAGGAGGAGGAGAAAACACCUGCACAUCCAAUCGUUCUCUCAGUAUCAAUUAGCACAUACACACACACACACACACACUGGCCUGAUUUUUUUUUUUUCCUUUUAUUUACACAAGUUCCCCCUUUCUCUCUCUCUCUCUCUCUCUCUCUCUCUCUCUCUCUCUCUCUCUCUCUCUCUCUCUCUCUCUCUCUCUCUCUCUCUCUCUCUCUCUCUCUCAUUCCCUCUCCUUUACAUUCCACACUCCUCCUCCUCCUCCUCCUCCUCCUCCUCCUCCUCCUCCUCCUCCUCCCCCAAGAGGCAUAAAUUUCUUCCAGUGGUCUUUUUAACAGUUCAGCCUUCAAUGCAUACCUUGCCUGACCUUACCUGGCCGCACCUGGUUCGCCUCUCAGCCAGGUGUAGCGGUGGUGGUGGUGGUGGUGGUAUAAAAGUGGUUUAAAGGGAUGAAUGGUACUAGUGGUGGUAUAAUAGUAGUAGUAGUAGUAGUAGUAGUAGUAGUAGUAGUAGUAAGUGGAGGAAAUGCAGGGGAUAAUUCUGUAAUGGUGGUUGUAUUAGUAGUAAUAGUAAUAGUAGUAGCAGUAGUAGUAGCAGCUGGAGGAGAAGAAGGAGGAGGAGCAGUAAUAGUAAAUGGAGGAAGAGAGAAGGAAGAGGAACAGUAAUAAAUAAUGUAGGAAAGCACAACCCAAUUAGUUCAUGAGAAAUAUUUGGCAGGUGUUGAGAGAGAGAGAGAGAGAGAGAGAGAGAGAGAGAGAGAGAGAGAGAGAGAGAGAGAGAGAGAGAGAGAGAGAGAGAGAGAGGUGGAGGGGACGUGUAGUAGAAACGAGUAUAUGAACACACACACACACACACACACACACACACACACACACACACACAUAUGAGUAUUAAAUUAACUUCUUUCAAGGUUCUAAAACGCUUUAAAGCAUUGAAGCCUUUAUAAAGAGCAUCACGAGUGUCACAAACAUCAAAACGUUUAUAGAAAGUUUGCAAAAAGGUUAUAGAAAGAAAAUAAAUAUGUACAUCACAGAAACUCCAAGUGGUUACGUGUGUGUGUGUGUGUGUGUGUGUGUGUGUGUGUGUGUGUGUGUGUGUGUGCAGGUGUUCAGGUUCCGGCAGGUAGACAGGUAGGCAGGCAGGCAGGUGAGGUGGACUCUCUCUCUCUCUCUCUCUCUCUCUCUCUCUCUCUCUCUCUCUCUCUCUCUCUCUCUCUCUCUGGACUGUAUCAAUUAAUAUUAUGUUACUAUUAUUGUUAAUCUUGUAUUUUCGAAGUGCAGAAAGUAUAGACAAGUGUAUUGCAUCUUUCUUUCUUGUAUAAAGUGUAUUAAUAAGUGUUGUAUGGUUUGUAUGGUGAUGUAGUGUUGCAAGGUGUGUGUGUGUGUGUGUGUGUGUGUGUGUGUGUGUUUCGGUCGAUCUCUGUUAUAUAGUUAAAAAAAAAAAGAGAUAAAAUGAAAAUAAUAAUGUGUAACUUAAUUUUUUCUGCAGUAUGUUCCUUUUUCUUUCCCUUUAUUUUCUUUCUUGGUGGAUCUCCUAUAUAGUAAAAAGAUAAAAGAAAAAGGAGAAAGAAAAAAAAAACUAAUUUGUAGCCAUUACGCCUGUUGCUUGUUCUGAUUAAUGUUUCUGUAUAUUAUUUUCCUCGUUUUACCAUCCAUAUAAUUCACACAUUUCUAAUAAUAAAGUAUUUUUAUGUAUA